AUAAUGCCAUAUGACUCAUAUCCAUCAUCUUUCCAGGCUCGUUUUUGGUUCAUAAAAUUCCAGCCGUGUGGGAUGAAUGACAAUUGUGUGCAUUUCAAAAAUUUGGUAAAAGUGAUUGUUUUUGAAUUCUACAACAGAUUUUAUAAAUUAAUGCUUAUUCGCUAUGAAAAAAAACGUUUAACAAUUUUCAUCAUUGCGAAUUUGUUUAUAGAAAAAAGCAAUUGUAAAAAAGCAUUUUUCUACAGAUUGACUCUUCAAUCCGGAACAGAAUAUGCAGUCGGCGAGCUCAAAAUCCUAGGAACUCUUCUCGCAUGAUGCAGCAAUGGUUCUCAACAGAUCACUAAUCAACCUACAACUCCUACUUGGCGACCUACUGACUUCAAUCUUGGAAAUGGAGCUUCCAUGCUGCUCUAUACCGCUCCAAUAUUAACAUUUUCAAGGGUGUUUAAGAAGAAAAGCACAGAGGAAUUCUCAUGUUUUCCUUACGUUAUGACACUCUUAAACUGUUUGAUUUACACUUGGUAUGGCUUACCGAUUGUGAGUCAUCUUUGGGAGAAUCUUCCUCUCGUCACCAUCAAUGGAGUCGGCAUCCUUCUCGAAUUACUCUUCAUUUUCAUAUAUUUCUGCUACGCGUCGCCCAAAGAAAAGGUUAAGGUUGGUCUUAUAUUUGUUCCGGUGGUGAUCGUUUUGUUCGGGGUAACGGCUUUAAUCUCAGCCGUAGUGUUUGACGAUCACCGUCACCGGAAAUCAUUUGUCGGAAGUGUCGGCCUCGUGGCUUCUAUCUCCAUGUAUGGUUCUCCUCUCGUCGUUAUGAAAAAAGUGAUAGAGACAAAAAGUGUGGAGUACAUGCCAUUUUACUUGUCAUUCUUUUCAUUUCUGGCAAGCUCCCUUUGGCUGGCCUAUGGUUUACUCAGCCAUGAUCUCUUUCUUGCGUCACCUAAUAUGGUGGGGACUCCACUGGGGAUUCUCCAACUUAUCCUCUACUUUAAGUACAAGAACAAGGAGGCACUGAUUACAAAAACAGUGAUGAGCAAAUCGGAUGAUGAGAAGAACAAGAGAUCACUCGAGCUUGUAGUUGAUGUUGAUCAUGACGGUGAUGCCAAUGAGAAGAAGUUCAACAACGCAUGUUAGUUUCUCCCUCCCCAAAAAUUCCAUGUGAAUCCAGAGAUUUAAUGUAAACUUGAAGGUCUCGUGGGAUUCUGCUUUCACUACAUGAUGUUUUAUCUCUAUUGUGUAUCAUGUGAAUAAAACACUCGACGACAAAA